AUGAGCACAGCGCAGGGAGAUCGGCCGGGCUGGACACGGCAUUGGGAGGUUCUCGACCGCGUCGGCCUGCCAGACUUCACACCCGACGUGCUCUGGCAAGCCGACGUGCUCCACAGAGCUGGCGUGCAGCUGGCCCCGCGUCCCAAAGCAAAGCAAGACGGCAGGGUCUCCUCAGCAGGCACCGCCGCCGCCGCGGCCGCCGCCAGCAGCAGCGUUGCUGUCGGCGGCGGCAAAGGAGCCAGCAACGUUGACGGAAGCAGUCGUGUAAGUCGCCGCGGCCCUCAGAGCCACCCCUUGCCAGCUCGGGUCGCAGUGGCCGCGGCGCUGGCGCAGAGCUCCGCCAGCAGCAGCCGAGGUAGCAGCGGCGGCAGUGGCGGCGGCGCCGUCAGCCUGCAUGUACGUCUACGACCGGGGACUGCUAAGCAGCCCUCCAAGCGAUGUCACCAGCCCCCAGUUCCGUUGCAAGCCGCCGUAAAUCUUCAGUUGGUAGAAGAUCUUGGAAUGUACGGGCCGUACCAAGCGCAGCCACAGGCGUGGCCGUCGCCGUCGUCAUCGCCGCCGUCACCGUCACCGUCGCCGUGGCUGUCCGGCGGCGGCGGAGACAACGGCAGCCCCAGUGCCGUGUACGGCAACGCCAUUGGAAAGGAUGACGUAAGCAGGCUCGCCGAGGAUGGCGGGAGCUGCCAGUCGGCCAGCACUUUGCCGUCGCUGGGUCCGCCAACGACCAUGAACUCACCACACGGGAGCGGCGAUGUCUUGCUUAGCUCUCCAGGGCUGGCGGCGGCAGCGGCGGCGGUCGCAACGCAGCCCGACGGCAGCGGCAGGGGCGACGGCACGUCGGGCCGUGGUGUCUCCGUCGUGUCGUUCCGCCUUCCGACGCCGACAACGCAAGCGGCGCGGGCAGCGGCCGGUCCACCGCCGCCGCCGCCGCCGCCGCCACCACAGCUCGCGACGGCGGUGGCGGCGACGCCGCGGGAGCGGUACAGGGCCAUUAUGGAACGCGCCGGGAGAGCGGCGGUGCACAAGCAGCAAGAAGGCCGGCGGCUGGGCGCGCUGGCGGCGGCGGCGGGGUCGCCCCGCAUCCGCCGACCUGGUCCCGGGAGCCCGGCCCAGCUUCGUGACGGGGCGGCGGCACGGAGGUGUGGCGUAGCGGAGCGUGCCGUGUGGCAGCUUCGUCGAGCCUUGGACGAGCUGAGCCGAUUCAGUUGCGCGAACGCGAUGCAAGGCGGGCUGGAGGAGGGAGGUUCGGUGCUGGCGCAGGUCGAUGCGCGUAUCAUGGCGCUACGGCGGUACGACAGGGUGGAGCUGGGACCCGACGGCCGCCGUACUUCUGUCAUUCCUCCUCCUCCGCCAGCGUUCCCGCUGGAGGCAGCGCACGAGUACUUGACGGCGGCGCAGAGCGGCGUGGCGGGUCUGGAGCAACUUGAGGAGGCGGUUGCAUCAAUGAGGAAGAAACUACAGAUCGUUGUGGGUCAGGAUACAGAUGACUUGCGACGGGCUGCGGCGGAGGCCCUGGCAGAUACAGGUUCCAGCGGGGUUUCGGAGCCGGGUCACGUCGCCUCCGAAAGCGGCGGCGCCGACGGCGGCGCCGGCUCCCAGGCGCUGCCGCCGUACCCCGUACGACGGCCCAGCAGCGGCUGCACAUUAGGAUCUGCAGCCCCCAACGGAGGCGGUCCUAAUGCGAGUUAUGACAACUACUAUUACCAGAAUUACCAGAAUUACCAACUGCCUCUGGCAAAUGGUAUGGAACCGUUGUCAGCCAGGCCGUCGUACAAAGGAUAUACUACUCCACGACGAGCCUCAACCGCAGCGUCAGGUAGCGGUUUCGAUACCGGGGCUUCUCUGUCCGGCGCCGUCGGAGACGCUGGUCUCAGUGCCUUCCAAUCGCCGCCGUCUUCGUCGUACCCGUCGUACAGCGGCGGUGUUAACGGUGUCGCGCCGCCACCGCAGCUGGCGAUAUCUCCCCGGACUGGUCAUCCCUUGCAGCCUAACCGCAAGCUUUCCAGCCUCUCUGUAGCAAGUCUGCAACGUCCAUCAGGUCCCGGGCUCGAUCCCGCCUGGGCGCUUUUAGAAUCGCUCGUCAUUCAGCUGCUCGAUUCACACGCAUCACGAAUCGACAUGAUGGAUGCCUUCGACAAGCGGCCUUCGACGGAUUCUGGCGACUCCACUCGCGGCGGUGGCGCGUCCGCGGCGUUGCUGGCGGCGGCGGCGGCGGGCGCCCACGGCGCCGUACACAGUCGCCACCGCCGGGGGCAUCGCGCCGGCGGUUUUGAGCGACUUCAGCGGCUGGUUGAAGUCAUUGACGAAGACGGCAGCGGCGCCGGCAUGGCGGAGGUGAAGGAAGCGGCAAUGGAGGCGGCAGUGCACGGCAAUGCCGUACGGGCGGCUGUGGCAGCGACCCUGGAGCCGAAACACACGGAACAGGCUCUUUAUUUCCUGGCGAAACUGGCGCUCAUGAUGCUGCAAGGUUUCCUGAUCGCCGCCGGUGUGGAUCUGCUGCUGGGCGAGGUGGCCUGGCUGCUGGCGCUGUUAAGGUGCGCCUCGGGGGCGGGAUCCCCGCACCUGGCGGCGCUAGCGGCGGCGCUGCGGGCGUACGAGAUGCAGCGGUCGUACACCACGACACUGCUGGCCAUUACCGAGAGGUUGGAGCAGGCGGCGGAGGAGGCCAUGGACAGGGCCGCGCUGGCUGAGCGGCAGCUAGCUGCCACCCACUCCGCCCUCCAGAGGGCCCAGCUGGAAGUGGCGGAUCUCGAUAACAACAUGCGGGAGAUGGAGCGGGACAUGAGGCAAAUAAACGCGAGGAACCAGGCUUUGGAGGAGACGGUUCUGGAACUGGAGGGUGACUUGGACCGCGUGGAGGCGGCGCACUCGGUGCGGGAGGCGGCGGUGCAGCGCUCGGAGUGGCUGUCCGGGAUGAUGAAAGAGGAGCACCUGGCCCGCAUCAGGGCGAGGUCCAAGGGAUCGCAGGUGGCUACGGAGGGCGACUGCAGCGACCCACGGGCCAUUCCACCUGUACUGCAGCCAACCGCCGGCAACUACUACCCCAUAACUCCCUGCGUAUCUAGCCGCCACCUCAGCAUCCAGCCGUCAAACCAGGAACGGAAGAGCCCGGAGCGUUCACUGACGCGUUCUAAGAGUCGGCGGAACGUCUCGGCAAGUAAGGCCCACGGAAGCCGCAGAGCACCGCCGUCAAGGACGACAUCGAGGCGAGCGCCGCGCGGCAGCGGCGUCGUUGCCGCUGAGGCCGCUGCUGCAACAGACCUCGCGGCCGCGGCGGCAGCACUGGCGGCGGCUAGGGCCGCGGCGGAGGUGACGGACGAUGAGGCGCAGGAGGAUCUCGACGGUGACCGAGGUCAGGAGGGUUACGGAAUUCGACGUCGGCACGGCAACGGCAACGGUGACGGCGACGGCGAUGGCGGCGACGCCGCCGCCAGGCUCCGCGGCUCCUCCACUUCUUCCCUCGCCUCGAGGAGGAUGUCGGCGCUAAGGAAGCGUGGCGGUUUCCGUACCUCGGCCCGAGCGCGGUCGAAAGGGAGCCGGAGUCCGGACCGGAAGCAGCAGCAGCAGCAGCAGCAAGGACAGCAGCAAGGACAGCAAGGCAUAGGAGAACAGCAACAGGGCCGACAGCACGAGGAGGUAGAGCAGCAGCAGCAUGAGAUACAGCACAGCGGCCAGCAAGGUGUGGAGGGUGUGGAGUAUUGGACGACGCAGGGAGAUGAGGCGAUGGUGGUGGAGGGAGGUGGUGGUGGUGCGGGGGAGGGGGAGGGGAUGGGGAGCCGGCAGGAGCCCGCGGAGUUGAUGCAUGACGCGGCGCUGGAGCAGGCGGCGAGAGACAUGUUCUCGGAUGUGUUUGUACGGCAGACUCAGUAG